AUGCAAAAGAUCACAUCAUAUCUCCCGUCAUGGGACACGACAAAAAAGGGAAGCAAAAAGGGCUUCGACAAGGCCUUCAAAGUCGUCGACAAGCUUGGCGCGCCCAUCAACAGACUCUCCAACCGCAUCGGCAGCGAGGCCUUUUGGCCAACGACCCUCGACAAGGAAAGCGACAAGGCAGCUAGAAUUCUAAAAUCAUUUUGCAAGGAUGGAUUCUACACCGAGGAGGAGCCCUCCCCCGGCGUCCCCGACAGCGCCGGCCCGAAGCAGAAGCAGCGCGUCCUCAAGAAGAUCCCCCAGAGCGUCAUCCAAAACGCCGUCGGCCUCGCCAUCUUCACCACCAUGCGCACUGGCCUCUGGAUCUCCGGCGCCGGCGGCUCCGGCGUGCUCGUCGCCCGCCAACCCGACGGCUCCUGGUCGCCCCCCUCCGGCAUCCUGCUCCACACCGCCGGCCUCGGCUUCCUCGUCGGCGUCGACAUCUACGACUGCGUGCUCGUCAUCAACACGCGCGCCGCCCUCGCCGCCUUCACCAAGAUCCGCGCCACCCUCGGCGGCGAGGUCAGCGCCGUCGCGGGGCCCGUUGGCGUGGGUGGCGUGCUGGAGAAUGACGGCCACUGGAGCAAGCAGGCAGGGAGGCCGGUCUUUACGUACCUCAAGUCGCGCGGCUUCUACGCGGGCGUGCAGGUGGACGGCACGGUGGUGAUUGAGCGGACGGACGAGAAUGCGCGCUUCUACAACGAGACGGCGAUCGCGGCGGCGGAUAUCUUGGCGGGCAAGGUGCGGCACGUCCCGGGGCGGGAGACGAGGAGGCUGAUGGAGGCGCUCAAGGCGGCGGAGGGCAGCGCGGACGUGGACGAGAAGGUGCUGGAGGAGCUGGGGGCGGAGCCGGCACCGGGGGACGUCGACGUCGUGUCGCCUACGGCCACAUUUGGCUUCCCCGGAGAGGAUGAUCCAGAUCCGUACGGUGUGGCGGCGCUCGAGAGGGAAGGUCUCGGGAUUGUCGAGGCCGGCUCCCACGCUAGGGUAUCCAGCGACCAGUUUGAGUUCCGCCCGCGGAGCGGCAGCAGCUUUCGGCCCCGCGCCAGCACGGCAGGAUCGCCGCCGACAUACCGGGCGAGCUUCGGUGACGCGCCGGCGCGGAAACCACGGUGGAGCAGCGGAAGUGCCUGGACGACGACGUCGGAUGCCGCCACGCAAACAGAUGGCGAAGACACUACGACGACGACGGCGACGACGACGACGACGACGACGACACCGGCGACGAGCCCGGAGACGAGCAGUCCCGGGCCCCGCGUCCUGACGAGGCAUGAUGCGGCCGAGGCGGUGCGGGAAGGGGAUCUGUCACCACCACGCUACGAUGGAAGAGCGGACAGUCCCUACUCGGCCAUUGCGGAGGGCGAAUUGGAUGAGAUGAGCAUUUAUGGCGCCGAGGACGGCGAGUUCCUCGAUGCGCAAGAGGCGGCGACAAAGCCAGUGGUGCUCCCGAAGGGCCCGCCGCCGGCACUUCCUCCUCGACACGUGGUGGUAGAGGCGAAGCCAAAGACGGUAGAGGCCGACUUUGAAGAUUUGGAUUUGGAUGUUGUAAAGAAAUGA